CGCAAGGUCGGGAUCUCCACCGCCCUUGAACCCAGCAGCAUCUGGACGCUCGUCGAUCUCCCAAAAUAAUUAUUCCCACUCGUCCGAACGGAGAGGAGAACGCUGGAAGACUCAUAUAAUCACACGCGAGGUCUUUUCUCCGACUCUCCACGAGGCCUCCUUCCAUGACAGCUGAGAACCGCCGUUCCCUCCCUCACCUGGGGCCAGGUGAGCUGGCCCUGUUGGAUCUUGCGACCGAUGAUCCACGCGAUACCGUAUUGUUGUCGGACAAGGAGGCUUUGAUCCUGCAGCUUUACCACCAGAUCCAGGAACAGCAGCUAGAAAAAGCACUACUUGAGCAAGAUACGGAAUUGCUCUCAGGUGAUGAUGCCGAGGAGCAACUAGCCAUAGCGGAACGUGAGCUACUGGAGGCGAGAGCCACCUACACAGUCAAGAGGAAGGCUGUGGGAACCGUUCUCAUGACUGAUCCUGCCCUAAAAGCUGUUCAUAUGAAGGCCACCACUCCAGCCGAAAGAGCCCUUCAACGGCUGAUCAACCGUCGCGAUGUGCUCUCAACAGUGCAUGAGAACUUGAAUGUCAUGCAAACAACUUCUCUCCGAAAGCUCACGGCGUUGGAGGUGGAGAAUCUACAGCUCAACCAGAAGAACCAAGAGCUGGUCCGUGAAUUAUUGUCCCUUACAGCAGAUGAUGAAGCCUGGAAGGAAGACCUAGACGACCCUGACCUCAAGGCACAACUAGAGCAGGUUGAGGCAGAUCACCGCAAAAGCAAAGCGCGAUGGGAAGUCAUGAAAAGUAUCGCCAGCGCGAUGGUUGUCGGCAGCGAAGUGAACUGGGCUGACGACGAAACGCUCACAGCCUUGGUUCUAGAUGAGUCGGACGAUUAAUGUAUACUGUAACUACGAUGUAAAGUAGAGUGGUUUUGCUAGCGUGGACUUGGGUCAGGCGUUACGGCUGGAAGGAUAAAGUAUACCCUUGAUGAGUGGUCGAUCGAUAAUUGAGCAGUGCCAGAUGACGGAUUGUUGACGGUCUUAUGUCUCGCAAGGGAUAUGAUGGUCGAAUCGAUUUUAUGACUGAGCAAUUCGGCGUCCAGUCCGUAGUUGACUCCGAUAGCAGUUGAUUCGUAAGCAUUA